AUGAACCCGCACCAGCAGAACAAAGUGGACAUCAGCAAGCUGUCUCCGGAUGAGGCACGGCUCUUCCGCCUCUACGGAAAGCUGCCCAACAAGAAGGACCUUUUGCAGAACAAAUUGAAGGAGCGUAAGUACUUCGACAGCGGCGACUAUGCCCUUUCAAAGGCCGGCAAGGCCUCAGAUAUCGGCGUCACCUCCAUCGGCCGCGAGCAUCCCGUUCCCGAGAAGAUCCCCCACAUCGCCCCGCCCGCGCACAACAGUCAAAACGGACAGAACCAGAACCAGAAUGGCCAAGAGAAGGGUCACACCAGCGGCAGCCCCGUCAAGGAGAAUACCUUCCUGCACCGCGAGACGAGUUUGAACCGGGAAACGUCGGCCGAAGACUUCGAGAGGGGCGAUGAUACGGAGAAGACUGCUCAGGCAUAG